AAUCAGAGUUCGGGGCAUUGAAUCUCCCCUUGCUCUGAUGGUUCUCUCCCGACAGUGUUCUUUUCCAAGAGCCUGGGUUUCUUCCACACCUUCUGUGUACACUGGGUGCCCAAACCCAACCAAUUUUAUUUCUAGACUUUAUUUUAAACACCAGAGCAGGAAAUUAAAAAAAGAAUUACAUGAGUAAAUCUGCACAUAUGCUCUGUGACCAGGUUUUUUGGGUCCAGAGCAAGUUGUGGGGAGAAGGAAAGGACUGUCACCACGCUGCUGCUCUCCAGCCCUGCUCCUCCCCGCCCAGCCACCGCACUUGCUCUUCCCCAUUCUCACCAGAGAGGCACAAGCGCUCCGUCCCUUCCAGCCGCGGGAGGAGGGAAGAGAAAGGGUCUGUUGUUUUUCUCUCCUUAUUUCUCUCUCUCUCUGCUGAUCAGCAGGCUGCUGACCGGGUCAGAUAAUGGAAGUCCUUCAGUGCGAGGUAGGCCCCUCCUCUUCUUAGGAGCUUGUCCUUGAUUAAUUUUUCUUUGUCCCGAUGGGCAAAAGAAAAAAAGAAAGAGAGAAGAGAAAAAGAAUAACCACAAACUUCCUUUGAAAACCAGUGUGUGCAGUCAGGGCCUGGAGCGGCACCACUGUUCGACUCUGCCACUCAGGAAUUCUGAAGGCGCUGAGAACCACCGGGAGCAUCUUGUCUGCUCCCCUACUUGUCAUGGGGGCUCCCCAAUCCUGGAAGUGAGUCUGGAAGUGGCCACGAUCUGGGAUCUGGCUAGGACGGCAACGACAGCAGCGCUUCUGAACGUGUGUCAACCUGUCCAAGCUCUGGCGCUGACUGCUGGAAGGCAGCAGCUGGCACUGGUGCCCUCGUGUCCACCCUUCCCAGUCCAGCUGCCGAAGAGCUGAGCCCACCACCUUCCUGGAGCUUCACCCACCUCUUUAAGGGAAGCAAUUCAACCAGAUUCUUCCCGCUCAAGCCCGGAUUCCUCUCAUCAGGUUACAGCAAGUUAGAUGUGGAACCAGCUCAGCCUGAGUCCUGUUUACACAAGCUGAGAAGGGCCUGGUACUACUCAGAGCCACGAGUGCCUGUGCUAGUGUCAGCUUUGCAGGCCACACACCUUUCUAACACUUUUCUAGAUCCCUUUCCUUUUCAGCUCAAUGGUCUUCUUAUUGGACACAUCUUGCUUUUGUGUACCACAACUGGCCUAGGCAAUUGUGGCCUGAGGUCAGAAAACACCUUCAAGUGCCCUUCAGUUGAUUUCCUUCCUACCAUGGAACACCCUCAGCCAGAACAUUUGGCCCCUGAUAAAAUCAAGAGUACAGAAGCCGUCACCUCUGAAAGCCGUGAGGUCCCAGCAGAACGGGAUGCGCACUGGCAAAACAAGGAUGCCAGGAACACUGAUGGAACAGUUGGAGAACAGGAGCUAGGAGAUCAAGCUUCGCUCCCUGGCCAGGUUGGGGAUAAUCUUGAGUCGUGUCCUCCUGAGACUAGCCCAAGUCAACCUGGGCCACCCUGCGGAAUGUCACCUGAAAUAGAGACACGAGGAACAGUCUCCAGGCCCCAGGAGCUUCCCCAGUCCCCCAGGACCCGACAGCCUGAGCUAGAUGUCUACUGUGUAAAGUGGAUCCCCUGGAAGGGAGAACGGACUCCCAUUAUCACCCAGAGCACCAAUGGCCCUUGCCCUCUUCUUGCUAUCAUGAAUAUCCUCUUUCUGCAGUGGAAGGUGAAGCUUCCCCCCCAGAAGGAAAUGAUCACAUCAGACGAGCUAAUGGCGCAUCUUGGAGACUGCCUCCUGUCCAUCAAGCCCCAAGAGAAGUCAGAGGGACUGCAGCUUAAUUUUCAGCAGAAUGUGAAUGAUGCAAUGACAGUGUUGCCUAAACUGGCCACAGGUCUGGAUGUCAAUGUGCGAUUCACAGGCGUCUCUGACUUUGAGUAUACGCCCGAAUGCAGCAUCUUCGACCUACUAGGCAUACCUCUGUACCAUGGCUGGCUGGUUGAUCCACAGAGUCCUGAGUCUGUGGGUGCUGUUGGGAAACUGAGUUACAACCAGCUAGUAGAGAAGAUUAUCACCUGCAAACAUUCCAGCGACCCCAACCUGGUGACAGAAGGCCUGAUUGCAGAGCAGUUUCUGGAGACCACGGCGGCGCAGCUCACCUACCAUGGCCUGUGUGAACUCACAGCAGCUGCCAAGGAAGGAGAACUUAGCGUCUUUUUCCGAAACAACCACUUCAGCACUCUGACUAAGCACAAGAGUCACUUGUAUCUACUGGUCACUGACCAGGGUUUUCUACAGGAGGAGCAAGUGGUAUGGGAGAGCCUGCACAAUGUGGACGGAGACAGCUGCUUCUGUGACUCUGACUUCCAUCUAAGUCAUUCCCUGGGCCAGGACCCUGGGGCAGAGGGUGGGAGUGGCUCCCCAGCAAAGCAGCUGCAGGUAGACCAGCAGCAGCAACAGCCACAAGGAACAGUGGGUCUUAGCGACUUGGAACUGGCCCAGCAACUUCAGCAGGAAGAAUAUCAACAACAGCCAAUAGUCCAACCUGCACACACACGGGUCGCAUCACCUCAGGGGAGAGGAGCUGCAUCUGGACGCCCAGCCGGAGAACGACGGCAGAGACCAAAGCCCGAGUCAGACUGUGUUCUUCUAUAGCCCCGCCUGAUGCUGGGCAGACCUGCCCCUUCUUUCAGAGGCUGUGACUAGUUAGCUUACUUCCCCACCUCAACCCUUGACACAAGCAGGGUAAUUUAUUUAUGGGCUAGUUGGAGUCAGAGCUGGCCGUAAAUGUCCAGAUCAAACUCCAUACUGUCUUUGCCCUCAAGUGCUGCUGACUUCUCUUCCACCCAGCCAGGGCAACGCUGGGAGGGGUGGGGUGAAGAUUUCUGGUUCCUAAUUCCCUUUCCUAGAAUAGUCAUUGAAUACACAGACUCAGGCACUAACUAGGAUCAGGUCCCUAUCUGGAAUGCAUCUCUCCUCUACUACCCUACCCUGCCUGCCUCAAGGCGCCUUGGCUACCCAGCAGGCUUGUUCCCAUUUGUUUCAGGGUUUAAUUUGGGUUUCUAUCUUUUUUAUUUGUAAUGCCUUCCUAAGGGUUUGCAAAUAAAUUUCUUUCCUGAGA